UGAAAAAAUUACAACUGAUGAUGAAGAAUUAAAAAGCAAUAGUAGCAAAAAUUAUACUGAUGAAGAAAAUUAUAUUUAUACAGAUGAAGAUAAUUAUAAUUGUAUUAAUGAAGAUGAUUCUAAUUAUGAAGAGUUAAUUUUCGAAAUUUCUAAUAAACUAAAAAUACCAAAUAAUGCAUUUAUAGAUUUUAUGAAUGUAGUUGAUAAAUAUAAUAUUAGCAACAAAGCGGGAGAUGCUUUCCUUAAAGUAUUUAAAAAAUAUUCAUCAUUAGAUCAAAAUCUUUUACCAAAAUCAACUAGUGCUGGACGAUAUUAUCUUAGAUCAAUUAAUAUAUCUACUUUAAAAUUUAAAAAAGAUUUAGUUUCAACAUAUAAUAAUACAAAUUAUUAUUUUGAAAAUAGAUCAAUUCUUUUAGCAAUUCAGGAAUUAUUGCAAAAUGAUAAUUUAAUGCAACAAUGUAAAUUUAAUUAUAAAGUGCAAUGGAAAGUAGAUGAAAAUAAUCAAAGAGUUCAAUGUUAUGCUGAAAUAUAUAAUGCUAAUUGCUUUUGGAAAAUGUCUGAUAUUAAUAUUUAUACUGCUACGGUACCAGAUCGAUUACAUUAUUUAGAUAUUGGACUUUUUUAUUAUCAGCUUAAAUAUAGUCGAAUGCUUUUAAAAGAAAUAGGUGGAAAUAAUGCAAUAAAUGAAAUGGAUCAUCAAUUUGGAACUAUUCCUCCUAUUCAUGGUCUUAAAAUUUUUAAAUUUGGAUUACAAAACAUCAAGCGAUUUACAGCAGGAGAAUAUAGAAAUAUUAUGAAAGUUAUACCUUUUAUAAUUGAUGGUAUUUUGUAUACAUGA